GCUUCGUGGUGUUUCGGUUCUGGAAUGCAGUGGCACUAAGCGGAAUGUCAGUAGCACGGGCGUCAUCAGUGUUUGAUUGUCUUCAAUGCGGACGGGAGUUGGGGUCUCUCUCUGGGUAACCAACAACAUGGCGACCGCACAGUCUGCUUUAACCUUUGCGGUGUGCAUUUUGAUGAUUUCAGAAUUGAUACUUGCAAAAAAGGACUACUAUAACAUUCUGGGUGUUCCAAAGGAUGCUUCAGAACGACAGAUUAAGAAGGCCUUUCAUAAACUAGCAAUGAAGUACCACCCUGACAAAAACAAGAGCCCUGAUGCUGAAACAAAAUUCAGGGAAAUAGCUGAAGCAUAUGAAACCCUAUCAGAUGAGAAAAGAAGGCGAGAGUAUGAUCAGUAUGGACAUGGGGCUUUCCCUAAUGAGGGUACAGGAAAUGGACACAGACAUCACUUUCAUCAACCCUUCAAUUUCAACUUUGAUGAGAUGUUUAAAGAUUUUGACCUUUUUACUCAGAAUCGCCAGAAGAAGCACUUUGAGAAUCACUUCCGGGCUCACCAGGAAGCGCAUAAUCGAAACAAGGAGUUCUCCUUUGGAGGAGGAGUCUUUGACGAUAUGUUUGAAGACAUGGAAAAGAUGUUUACAUUCAAUGGUUUUGAUAGUACCCGAAGGCACACAGUGAGGACUGAAAGCAGAUUCCAGGGUUCAUCAAAGCAACACUGCAGGACUGUCACACAACGCAGAGGGAACAUGGUCACCACUUACACUGAUUGUUCAGGCUCGUAAAGUCCAUGCAGAGCUGCAAGUGUGAAUGAUAUGAUCUUGUAACUAGUUUUGUGAUUAUUCACAUUUAGCAACUUUGUUUAUAAUAAGGAUAAUUUAACAAAUUAAAGCUGACUUAAGUGAGGUUCUUUGUAUUUGGCAGGUACUUAGAUAUAGAUUACAAAGUCCUGUUAAAAUAGCUAUUGAUUUUUUUGUGUUCAUAUGAUUACAAAAUUCUGAGACUUUAGAUAUUUCAUGUGCAGCAAAUGCAGUAAGAGGAUAAUUUUGCUUACAAGCAAUAAAAACAUUAACUUUUGGGAUGCCACUAAGGGAUGAGGUGCAGACUUCCAUUAAGUGGUAUUUCACAACAUUAAAUUACAGAGAAGGGGCUGCAGUGGUGAGCAUUGUUUCCAAUGAAGGUGUAAUGUUUGUUGGUGCUCUAAUGUGAUUUCAUCACCUUUAGUUUGAUAUAAAGAGCUCGUGUUAUCAAAAGUCUUUGUAAAACAGAAUUUUAAUUUGCACCAUUAUAACUUGCCAUAAAAGAUAGUUUAACUCAUUUAAUGUGAGAUUAAAAAAACACUUUCAUCCAUUGUGUUUUUCCUGCAGAUACUAUACAUUUUGUAAAAACAAUUAGUGUAAAACUUAAGUCUUUGGCCCCCAGAAUGAGCCUUAACAUUAACAGUCCUAAGUUGUUGUGGAGCUGAAAUACCACGUGCAAUUAUACACUUUAAUUGUGAAUUUUCAAUGUAAGCUGUGUGCCCAAGUCAGUUUACUCAACCUCAUCCUGUGAAAUAGAUUUAUUUUGUAUUAAAAAGGUAUCUUAAAUAUUGUCCUUGACAGGAAUUUUCUGUUGAUGCUGCAGCAUAUUCUAAUAUUUUCUUCCUUAGAAAGCCAAUAUAGUUUUAAUACAUCACCUUUUUUGUUUAAAGAUAAAGUGGUUAUGAGAUAUUUUACAUUUUGUUAGGCAAGGAAAAAAUCUCAUAGUGGACCUUUACCUUCAAUUUUGCUGAAACAUGGAUCCUCCAUAGCAGUUUAUACUCAGGAAGGCUUAAAUUACUUUUGCAAUUAUUGUAUUGAGUUGCAUAAGCAGUUAGUUAGCUUUUAUUAUUUGAAAACUUUGUCUAAUGUUUGUUUUGUAUAACACCAGCUGAUUAUAAAGUUAGUCCCUUUUUAUAUGGAUUUGAGCCUGAUCAUCAAAGUAACACAUUAGUAUUUGCUAUAACAACCGGAAGUCAAAAUUCUUUUGGUUUUCAUUUGUGCCAAUGUUCAGGGAAGUGUGCACUUUCAAAUUUAAUUGUGGCAGUGAAUUGACUAGUUUUAAAUUCACAAGAAUAAGUCUAUUUGGCAAGCAUAAUAUUGUACAAUAAUUCAAUUAGAGAUUGAAAUCUCUAAGAAAUUAGUCCUCCCUCAAUAUCUAAUUCAAAGUCAUAUUUUUAGAAAGAGGUCAAAAAGGGUUUUUAAGGUUCAUGGGUAGGUAGAAUAAGAAUCUUUUCAGAUAUAUUUGCUGUAAAUGGCAAGUGGAUAGAAAGCAUCAGAAGUGAUAUGGCUGGUUUUCAACACUGGGAAGAAAGGAGAUGAUGCACUCCAAAUUGCAUUCUUUAACUUUGCCUUUAUUAAUGUGUUACUUUGGUAUAACCAUCACUUAGAAAAUGAAAAGAGACCAACUGUAAUCACCUUAUUUUUUUAGGUACCUUAACUUAAAGGCUGUUACCUCAAACCUUCUCUGUAGAGUUGUCUGUGAUCUACAGUUUCAUAAUGUGCAAUAUGUUUAUAGCCAGCUUUUUUCCCUGAACUUCGUCUUUUGUCAUUUCUGUUACUGCUGGCUUCGUAGUAAUGUGGAACUGAUAUAAAACUGUCUUGCACUUUCAUUAUUUUAAUCCUAUGGAUGAAAUGUAUGUAAUUUUAACAGACCUAAAGAGUCACAAAAUAUGUGUGCACUUGUGUGAAAAAAUAAAAUGGAGAUUAUUAUA